GUGUCACUCGUAGCUGUGGAGGGACGGGCGGAGCCUGAAUACUGAAUGAGGAAGUAGUUGAAAGCGGUAACCGCAAGCACUUACCGGUCAAGUCUGUACUGGCGGUCACCACUCAUAGUUCAGCCGGAAAAACAGCGACAACGAGCCAAAACAAGACAAACAAACAAAACCAUGAAGAUCUGGACGUCGGAGCACAUUUUCAACCACCCAUGGGAGACCGUGACCAAAGCAGCAAUGCAGAAGUACCCAAACCCCAUGAACCCCAGUGUGUUUGGGGUAGAUGUGCUAGACCGCACUGUGGACCAGCAAGGCCGCCUUCACAGCAAACGCCUGCUCAGCACAGAAUGGGGCCUCCCAUCUAUUGUUAAAUCAAUUAUUGGUAAUGCACGAACAUGUACGUAUGUUCAAGAGCACUCUGUUGUGGAUCCUAAAGAGAAAACUUUGGAACUUAAGUCGACAAAUAUUACAUUUACCAACAUGGUGUCUGUGGAUGAAAGGCUCAUCUACAAACCGCAUCCUGAAGAACCAGAAAAGACUGUGCUGACACAAGAAGCAAUUAUUUCUGUGAAGGGAGUCAGUUUGAGCAGCUACCUGGAGGGGCUUAUGGCAAACACCAUCUCGACCAAUGCAGGAAAGGGCCGUGAAGCAAUGGAGUGGGUUAUCAGGCGUCUGAAUGCAGAAAUUGAAGAGCUGGCCAUCACAGCAAGAGGCAGCAUACGGACACCCAUGGCUGCAGCAGUCACAGAAAAAUGACCUUUGCACAUGUCUGUAUUCCUUGCUUUAUCACUGAGGAUCUCCUGAAUAUCAUGCUAUUUCUCCCUCGCUCUGUUUGUAUUUAUAUGCCAGCAUAGUAUCCCUCUCUGUCACUGUGCUUUUCCUUGUACAUAAUGUUUUUUUCCAGUUUGUGGAAAAAUGUUCCCUCCAACUCCCUCAUGAUAUAGCAUCUAUAUUAGAGGCUAGAGGGAUGGUAAAUGACAGAGGGAGUUUCUGCUUUUUUUUUAAAAAAACAGAGGGAAAAAAAAAAACAUUGGUGGUAAGGCUGACCAAGACUGUUUAGUGAGGAACAACCAGCUGAACAAGCAGGCUGUGUGAACAUCAAUCAGUAUGGUUUUCACAACAAUGAGAUCAUUCCCAUCAUCAUCAUCGGCAUCGUCAUCUUCAUCUUCUUCAUCUUAAAACACCACACCUCACCAUCAUAGUCUGCUCCACUGUUGGUUACAUACCCUUACAUUCUUACUGAGUGUAUGUAACAGAUGUCUGAUUUCACCAGACACAGAGGAGGUUUUUUGUUUCUUCACUUUCUUUUAAAGAAGAAGUUGAAAUGCAGAAAUGUAAACUUGGCUAAACGACUACCCACCAACCAUACCAGAUUGGGUAUGGCUUUUGGAUUCAACUCUCUAAAAGAUAGCAGUGUGGUGCAAAGACUUCCUUUCAGCUUUCAAAAGUAUUUAAAGAUAUUUGUGUGACAUGCAGUGCAAUGAAGGUCAGCUGGUCGUGGCUGCAUGUGGUGUGUUUUUUAAUUUAAUUUAAUUUUAUUAUGAUCCUCGGUUAAUCUAAAGUGGCACACAUUGUACUGUCAGUUGUUCAGCAUGGACUGUUCUGUUUAGUGCAGUUGCAUCAGUACCCACACUUGAAUACUGAGAUAAACAUCAUUAUUAUUAGUAGUAGUAUUAUUAUUAAUAUGACUAUUAUUAACAUUUAUGGGCUCAAUACAGUUUAUACAGUUAAGUACAAUAAAGGGAACAAAUUAAUUUAGAUGAGCUGAUGUCGUGAGGAAGUUUCUCUGGUGUAGGUUCAGAGAGCACCUGUAAGCUAAUUACACUGAUUUUAAGUCUGGAUUGCUUUGUUUGACUGCUUACCUUUGCUGAAGGUAAUUUAUUUUGAACGUCUAACAUGCAUUGACAAAUUAUUGAAAUGGCGUCACUCAGAAUGUGGUGCUGCUUCCUCUGCAGUUAAUGCAGGUGGAGCCUCUCACUGGAAAAUAAUAUUCUGGUUUAUCCCAUCACAGUAUUGAAAUGAGCUUUUCUGAGUUUUUUGAGUUUUCUGAGAUGAAUAUUUCUAGAUUGUUUAAAUAGUUCAGCUCCAUCUUGACAGAGACAAGUUGAGAAAAUGAAGCUGAACUUUGCAUUAAUAUGCAGACUGAUGCUGUUCAUGGCCUAAAAUGUCAACUUAUUUUUGCUUUGCUGUGUUUCAGUAAAGUAUUGUUUUUAAGAAACAUGAUGAGCGUUGUGAAAGAUGUCACUGUGACUCUACAGCCAUGUCAUGAUGAUUUUUGGCUAGUUUCUCAGAUAUGGGUUAAGCCUGGAUAUGGACUGAAUUGAAGUGCCAGCAGUGACUCACCAUUGGAAGUUCUUUUUAGCCUAUGAUCAACUUUAUAGCCAUAGAGUUUAAUGUAAAACUAGACACAUCAUGGAGUAAUUGCUUUUUUUUGUGGAAUGGAAAAUUCCCUAAAUCAGAGAAAAAAAUCCCUCCUCCCUGUAUGUUAGGGAGUCCUGACAUACAUUUUUUUUCUCUGUGAGGCCAAACAAUUAUAACAGAUAGUGGAAGGUGUUAAGAAACAGUGCAUUGCUUUUGCUUACUUAUUGGCUAAUCUAACCAAGCUUUGGUAGUGGAGGGUAAAAUACAAUCUAUUUAUUUAUUUAUAAUUGUUACAGUGGUCAUUUAUACAUCUGUUUAAAAAUGCAGCUUUAUGCUGUUAGGUUGUGGGUGGUUUCGAAGAGUGCAAAACCUGGUUUACAUUUUUAGUGGAUUGAAAUUUACCUCAUCUUGCACUUGAUGCUAGUAUCUUGGCCACGAAGUGUUACAGUAACACGUUUAAUAUAUACCUGCUGAUAACAUUAUAAUUACUAUUAAUAUAAUUACAAAACAUGUGGUUUAUAAUGGUUUAUAAUAAUUUGUCUAAAAUAAGAAAGCAAAACAAAUUUUCAGAUUUGUUGAGGGUUGUAUGAAUAAGGUAUAAUACAAUUAUUUUGUAUGUGACAAAAGUUUAUUUGAAGAUGAACGUUGUCUUCUGAUGCUGAUGAUAGUUAUUGGAAACCAGUCAGGCUCAGGUCUUUCCUGUAUUUGCUCCAAGAAAAAAACUUUACUGUUGCUGUUUACAGGCAUUAAUGAAAUAAAGUCUUGAGUUUGAUCUAUUA